AUGUAUUUUGUCCUCAAUGUUGCCUCACUCUGGAAGAAUUAUAAUGCUAAAGACACAGUGGAGAAGGCAUUGGAGGAUGCUGAGGAAUGGGAUCAGAGGCUUGGUAAUGAGGAGACCAUGCAGACUGAUGGACACCAAGUACCACAAGCAACUGAAGUAGUACGAUGGAAACCUCCUCCAAGGGAAUGGGUCAAAUGUAACACUGAUGGGGCUUGGAAUGGAGCGGACAACCAUUGUGGUACAAGAUGGGUCCUCCAAAAUGAUUCCGGAGAUGUUUUAUGGGCGGGAGCGCAGGCUGUUCGAUGUGCAAGAUCAAUGUUGGAAGUUGAAUUGGAAGCAAUGAGAGGAGCAAUGUCUUCAAUGGUUCGGCUGAGCUACACAAAAGUUAUUUUUGAAUCCGAUUCAUUGGGGAUGGUCAAUUUACUAAACAGUGGGGAGGUUUGGCCAGCUUUUGCUCCUAUGCUUCAGGAAAUGUAUGGUCUGCUCUCUCUGUUUCAGAAAGUUCAAAUCGUGUAUGCCCCUCGAGUAUGUAACAGUGUGGCAGAUCGAGUAGCAAGAGAAUCUCUGUCCUUAGGAAAUUAUGAUCCUAAGCUGUACUCAAGAAUGUCAUUAUGGGUUAAUCAUCUUGUAUUAGUGGAUAAACAAUGUGUACAAUGA